CGCAUGACCAACUGUCAAGACAAUACUUCAUUCAUUCGCCCAAAUCAAGCUCCACCAUGAAUGAAUCACUUCAAGCAUUCAUCUUUUCGAUGCUCCUACUUGGGUGCAAUAUUGCUCCCGCACACGCCAGAAUACCGGCGUCCGCUUUCCGAAGUGGACGAUUGCGCUCUUACAACAAUACGCCGAUAUACAACCCAGGUAUAAAUCAUAGUCCAAGUACGGAUGUGUUGGGCAACAUUGGGAAUCAUGGCCCCAGCGUUCAUGACACUCCUAAAGUUUCUACGCUAUCCUCUGAUGCUGCCAAGUCUGGAUGCCCGUCUCUCACUGGCAACAUCACUGUCAAUGCCUACCAAUUAUACCCGGAGCAUGCCGACUUCAAUGAGAAUGACUGUCUAGUCUACCUAAGUGCCCUCUACAAUAGCACUGUCGCUGUUUACGAUCCCUACAAGAAAGAAAUAGUAGAUACUAUAUAUCUGCCGGGACUCUCUGGAGACCCAAUGCUUCACAUGAGUGGUGUUGUGGUGGAUCCUCAAGGCCUACUCUCGGUCAUCGUGGAUGCUGGUGCUGCCUUUGACACUCAAGGCCAGGACAUAUCAGGCGAUAACUUCUUGGUGAAGGUUGAUCCAGGCCAUGGUCAGGUCCUUUGGAGAAAGAAUCUCACUGAAGUAACGAAUGGUGUGUACGGCGGCUACCAAGACGCUGCUCAUGACACUCACGGCAAUACCUUUGUCGUCGGUAGUUUCCCGACGAGCAUCGUGAAGGUCGGUCCCAAUGGCUCAACUGUCAUUCCUUGGUACUUGCAACCUCAGCCCAACCAAACAGUAGCGGGCCUCUCAGGACUUGCUACCAGCGGUGACAUACUGCUUAGUACUGAUAGCUCGGAUGGACAGCUGUACCGUUUCAACAUGACUGAGAAAGUGGGACACAAAAUCCAUGUUCCUCUGAAGGGCAGCAAUGCGACUAGGAUCGGUAAUAGCUUGGAUGGAAUCCUCCUCCCAAAGCAAUUCAACGGCACAGUAUUGUUGGUUUCUGACUCCACGGACGGAACUGUUGUGCUCCGCUCAGCUGAUGGACUAUGGACUAGUGCGGAGAUGGUGGGAACAGUCCCCAACCUAUAUGUCUCUCAGAACGGAUUUUCGGUCGACAAUGUCGAGAUUGGCGGCAGUUUGUACUCCGUCACCGAAUUCUUCCUUGAUGAGAAAGUGCCCGGGACUUUGGCAGGCAACCGAACCCAGUUUCCCUUGGUCGAUAUCACGCACCAGGUGCUGAAAUUGCUAAAGUAAUCCAGGCGUAAGGGCUUAUAGAUGUUACGUCUCGUUGCUUGAGGCCCAACCUUCGGUGCUGAACUAGGCAUCGGGAAUGUUUAUACUGGCUUUUGGUUUUAUAUCGUUUGUGUCCCGACAUAUACGGUACCAUGUCGUACAGUGGAGAGAUAGAUUAUUAGACAGAUUAGAUAUUACAAUGGUUAGAGUCGGAAUAUCAAGGUUCUUUGCUUACACGAUUGGUGUCAAAACUGUCUCCGAAAUUGGAUCAUACGAAGGGAGUCUGCGGGACUACAAUAGUAUGUUCAACCUACGUUGAGUAGAUUCAGCUGGAAGCGUUGAAAACUUCCCCCGUUGACCAAAAUGCAG